AUGAGUGAUGAUGCUCCUGGAGGUUUUGGAGGACCUCGAAGCCGUUUCUUAUCUGUCGGUGAAAUGUUAGUGCUAGUAACAAAGUCUCCAAAACGGCCACGUUAUUUCUAUAUUCACACAGGAGCAAGUUUGAUAGGCUCUUGGUUGUAUGGAUCAAGGCAGCAAACAUGUGAUGUUUCACUUACUUCAUCCUUGAAAUCGGUUCCAAUUAUUCUUGCUCUGCCUAAGCGAUGUCGUCUUAUCUGCGUAAUAUGA